CUUUUGCACCAACCUAAUAUUUUACAGAUUUACACACAAAAAAUGAGAGAGGAAAACAAGAGGAAAAAGCUUAAUAAGUUACCUUUAGCUUUUCUUUUCUCUGAAAUGACACUUCAUGUUAGUAUCUCCCAGGAGGGUCUAUUUUCUAGACUUGACAUGUUUUGUGGCUUUUCUUCUGCUUGUACAAUGCAGUGUCCUAACUGUGUACCCACAGGUCACUGAGGAAGAGUAGAGAGUACAGCUCUCAGACCUUUUUUUUUUUUUUUUUUUUUCAAGUUCUUUCCUCUUGGAUCCAUCUGGUCCCCAUUUUCUUCAAGUUGGCUUUCAGGGAGCUGCAUCAUAAUCUUAGGAUCAAUAACAGCUUAGGGUCCACGGUGACCUUCUGAACCUCGUCUGUCUGAUUCAUGCCUUGCUAGUCAGUCGCCAUCUUGGAUGUGUGCUUCACCCAGCUUUCCUUCAUUGGCUGGCUUCCAACUUAUUCCUGGUCAGUGUCCCGCAUUGCCAGUCUUCUUGGAUUCCAGGCCUAUAUUUUGAGGCAUAAGCCCCUUUUCCCAAUGUUGGUGUUCUGCCAAUGGAUAGAGCUUGAUCCUUAUUUAUGCCCCCUAGUUACUCAUGGAGACACUGAGGAUGUUUAUCUGCCUUUCAGACCUCCUGGGCCCUGAAGGGAAAAAACUCUGGGUUCUUCUCCUGAAGCUUUUAGUGCGUAGUUCUUCUUUUCCUACUAAAUUGUUUCCGUAUGGAACAACCAGUGUGGGAGAUGAUUUCACCUCUUGUCAUCUUUCCUAAGUCUUCCUUAAAGUGGGUAAGUUCCUUCUGGCUGUUACUGGUUCCUUGGUGCUGCCACCUCCACUGCCCCCCACUCCCCCUUUUUUAUAGAUCCCUAAAUCACAUCAAAUUGUUUUAUUUUUCAAAUCACUAAAGUUGCCUUUCUGCCUUAGAUCGUCAGCCAGCUCUUUGCAGUUAAUGAGGAUCCAAUUAUGAAAGGCAGCUGCUCAGCUCCUCCAUCUUCUAUCCCCCACCCCCAGAGAUGUUUAGGAUGACUUCUGGCUGGUGAAUAUCAGCUGUUGUGGUUGUCUCCUAGGAAUGGCAUGGCUGAGGGCUUUGUGGUUUAUAUCUGAGCAGUUAGGGGCUCUUUUGCAGGGGGAGGAAAGAGAGGGGGACUUUUGCUUCUACAAAGGAAAGACUAGUGCCUUGUCUCCUGGGUGAGGCUUGUCAUUGGGAUGGAUUCACAGGCGAGCAGAAAUGGCAAAAUUUAUGGGGCCCGUGCUCCCAGGGGGUGGCCGCUCCUUCAGGGGGUUCCACAGUAGCAGAAAAUUCAUUAUAUUUUGGGAUGAUUUGUUAGUGUCUCAUUUCUACCAUCUGUAUGAGAAUAAACAGAAGCUGCAAACAGAGCCUAUCAUUCCCGGAACAGAAUGGGGUCUGGCUUCCAUCUCCCAGAGAUGGAAGGCUUAGGCAGGGAAAUACACAGAAGCCUCUGGAGUGUUUUUCUUGGGGUCUACUGUGGGAAUGAAUAACUUGGAGGUGAAAUUACAGCCUGAUAACGAUCAUCUAAGCUUCCAGAGAUGGAUUCUUACACCAUUUGCUGAAUUUUGCUCUGCUGUGAAUUUGCUGUCAUUUGUUCAUUCAUUUAUUCACUUAGUUAUUACUUCAACAAGUAUUAUUGAUGAUGCUUUCUGCCCCAGAAAUGAUGCUAAGCACUGGGGUCACCCGGGCAACAACCAGCCCUGACUGCUGCUUACCACCUGGAAUCACAGCGCUGCUGGCCGCGUGGCCACAUGGUUUGUUCCCGGCACAGUUUUGCUACAAAGAAUAGGUCUUCCUGCUAGCUCCUUCCCUGUUCUCCUUAGAGGAGGCCAGGGGAGACGUGCAGCUCAUCUACAGUGCCCUGGAGCGGCCUCCUAGCGUGGCAGGCUGCAGCCCUCUCUGCAUUGCAGGUUCCAUUCCAGAGGGCUGAGAGGGGGCUCUCUUACUGCCACUAGGCUCCAGUCCAGCUCAGAGUUUGGGGGAUCAGAGAACAUUGAACACCCACAUGCGAGAGGUCUCAGGGGCUAUUUCUGUGUCUGGGCUCCCAUGCAGGCUACUGUGGAGUUAUUCAGGGAACUUCCUAAACCUGGAUCUCCAUGGGGGGUGGAGGGUCCUCUGUGCAAGACAAUGACCCUCUGCUGUGGGCUGGUGUCUGAAAGCCCACCAUGAGAAAGGCAUUCCUUCUGCUGAAGGCGUCAUUACCUAUUGGACCCCAGAAAGGGAAACAAAGAAGGAAGGGUGAGAAAGCUUUGGUCUAGAACCCUGGGACCAGGAGUCGAGCCCUGGCUCCAAUCCUCUCCAGCUGUGUGACCUUGGGGAGGCCAUUUAGCCUCUCUGAGCUUUAGUUUCCUCCUGUCAAAAUGAGGAUGUGGUUUAGAUGAGCACAGGGCCUCCUUCAGCUCUAAAACUGUAACUCAAUGUGAUUGAGCCUCAGAUCUUUUUCUGAUGGCCCAGGGGACAUGGGGUGAAGGAAGGAGAGAAAGGAUGUGAGUGGGAAGGAGUGCUAAGAGGACCGGGUAUGGGAGGCACAGUAGGUAGAGCACAGAUAGAGGAGCCUGAGGACACCAAAUAAAAACUCUGGGGCAAGCCAGGGAGCUAUGGGCAGAGGCUUUAUGACAGAUGCAGCAGGCAUGCUGAGGAUGAAAUGGCGGGUCCACUUCCCAUUCCCAGGCACCUCGCUUUAGACACCUUGCUUUAGACAAAGUGAUGGCCAGUGGAAACCUUUGUGCUUGAGGGUGCAAGUUACUCACAUGCUUUUUCUCUUAGAGAAAUAGAACUUAUUGGGAAAUAGACUCUGGACUUGGACAGGGAACCAAAUUUCACCUUCAAAAGUGAAAUGUAGAUGGAGAAUAUGGCUUGCACUCUUGGCCAAAACAGGUUCACAAAUGCCCCUCUCUGGAAUGAUCUAGACCUUGGAAGCUGAAUGGGGGCAGGUGGUUGUGGGUCACCCUCCAAGGCCACUCCUGCAGGAGACAGAGAGCCCAAGAACCAUGUGGCCAUCUGAGUACAUUAACUGCCCAACGGAGAAGUAUUGUCCGAUGGACAUCAGAUCUUCCCUCUUCUGCCAAAUACAUCUCUCUCCAUGGGAAGAGACAGGCUGGCCUGCCACUCCUCCUGCUAUGAUGCCUGGGCAGAUCCCGGACCCUUCGGUGACUGCAGGCUCCCUGCCAGGGCUUGGCCCCCUGACCGGGCUUCCCAGCUCGGCCCUGACUGUGGAGGAGCUGAAAUACGCUGACAUCCGCAACCUCGGGGCCAUGAUUGCACCCUUGCACUUCCUGGAGGUGAAACUGGGCAAGAGGCCCCAGCCCGUGAAAAGUGAGCUAGAUGAGGAAGAGGAGCGAAGGAAAAGGCGCCGGGAGAAGAACAAAGUCGCAGCAGCCCGAUGCCGGAACAAGAAGAAGGAGCGCACGGAGUUUCUGCAGCGGGAAUCCGAGCGGCUGGAACUCAUGAACGCAGAGCUGAAGACCCAGAUUGAGGAGCUGAAGCAGGAGCGGCAGCAGCUCAUCCUGAUGCUGAACCGACACCGCCCCACCUGCAUCGUCCGGACCGACAGUGUCAAGACCCCCGAGUCAGAAGGCAACCCGCUGCUCGAGCAGCUCGAGAAGAAGUGACCAUGGGCUGGGAGGAGGUGGAGGAGGAGGAAGAGGAGAAGGAAAAGUGACGAAGAGGGAGGAGGAGGGGGGCCCCAGAUGGCCCUUCCUUUGGUGCAUGAAAAACUGUACAAUGAGGUUCAGCACAGCCAGCAUCAGCCGAGCUUUUUUGUGAAACUCAGAUCAGCCACCCAGGAGGAAGAGCGGGCUGAGGAAACCCAGACGGACCAAGCGCUGAGACCAAAGUUGACCCUCGGGUAGGGUUGUCCUGCCUGGGGCCCCACUUGAAGGAGGCAGGACAGAGGCACCAAGGCCAGGGAGACGCCCAACGAGGCAGCCCUGGGCUCUUCUCUGGCCUCUUCACCAGGGCACCCAUCCGAGGAACCUCCGAACAGCCAGGAAAAGCCAUGAGUUGCAACCAAAAUGCGGCUGAGGAUGGAACUCAGAAUGAAACUGCAACCCACCUGCCCCCAGCCCUGCCCCUCGCCCUGAUGCGAAGCUGGAGAGGGGCGUGCUGCGGGGCCCUGAUGCCCCCACCCACCUCGGUCCAGCGCGGCCCUGCCCAGGAGGCGGCAGCCGGGCGCACCCUCGCCAGCCCUGCUGGAGUUUGCUGUGGGCACUGAGGCGCAGGCGCCCUUCCAAAGCACAUACUCACCGAAUGUUUACAGACUGGCUGUCCUGGCAGGGCUUUCAACUGCACAUGUUUUUUAUACUUUCCUUUUUUUUUUUUUUAAUAUUUUUUACAAAAAAAAGAUUUUAUACAAGCAAUAUAUAUAUGGAUUUCUAUAAUCACUCGAUGUGAUACAGUAUAAAUAUGCUAUGGUUUGUUUGUUAUGAACAGAUAGCCACCAGUUACGGCCGUUGUGUGUAACUCCUAAGUACUGUAGUCUCUGGGUGUCGGGGGUGGCCAGGGCGGGGGCGGGGUGCAUUUCCAUCCUUGUAAACCCUUCAUAGUACUCAGUCCUGUAUCGCUCAGUAAACAUUGCUCUUACUUACA